GCAACGCGAAGGACGUGCCGCUCCGUAGCUCGCUGUCCCGCUCUCACUCGCUCCCCUCUCACUCUCUCUGUCUCUCGCACGCGUACGCCGCUUGGCAUUUGUUGUUUGCCACAUUUUCGCGCCACCCCAAAAAUAAAGUCGAGGAAACACAAAUACGAAAAAGCGAAAAUCGGCAGAAGUUAGUGCGACCUUUGGUGACGUCAGAGGCAGCGGAAAAAUCGCCAGGAUGUCUGCCAAUCAGCAGCAGCAGCAGGCGAAUCCUUCGGCGGCACUCGCCGCCCCCGCCGCCUCCUCGGAAUACCUGAAACGCACCUGCCUCAUCUGCGGCUGCCACACCAACCAGACGAUCAAUAUCUACGAGCCCCGCUCCGGACCCAACAUCGUCCAGCUCAUCCAGGCGAAAUUCAAGUUUCAGCCCCUGAAUGAGGACAAGUUCCUCUGCUUCAGCUGCAACAACUGGCUGAUCAACUGGCACUCCCUGCAGGCGGUCAACAGCAAUGAGGCCGAAAGCCAGAGCCAAAGUCCCUCGCACAUGGGCAACAGUGUGCUGCAGCAGGAGAGGACGAAGCUGCGUCCGGUGGCGAUGGUUCGGCCCAUGGUGCGAGUGCAGCCCCAAUCGCAGCCCCAGCCACAGCCCCAAGCUCCAGUCAAUCCCACACCCGCGCCCAUAGUCUAUGCGAAGCGAAGAGCCAGCAGACGCAGUGCCUCCGUCAGCCGGAUGAGCCGUGUGCUGCGCCAGUGCUGCCUGGAGAGUCUGCGGCGGAGUCCCAAGAAGCGCAAUCAGCAGUCGGUGUUCGUCUGCCUGCGGCCACAGGGCCAGAAGAGGAGCAAUGUGAUCUGCAAGGUGGAGUGUGUGGCGCCGCGACGGAAACCAGUGGAGCGACUGGCCAAGGAGGUGGCCGCCACACCCAUGCCCAAUCCAAAUGCCACACCCACUAACCAAAGAUUCCCGCAGCCCAGUGUGGAUGGCAAAGUAGUGGCCAUGUUCCGGCGACUGGGCACCACACUCAGCCGGGAAGAACCCGACGCCGCAUCGUCAGCAGCAUCAAUCCCCGCCUGCUCGAAGCUCCCGCAGAUCAUGAGUCCCCUCAAAGAGAGGCCGCGCUGGACGCGGGACCUCGAUGAAGACGAGAUACUGCUGGAAUUCGAUACCGCCAUAUCCGAAGUCCUGCCCACUGCCCGCUAUCAGGUUACCCACGAGGAGAAUAAGGAAAACGAAAUGGAGCUGGAGGAUGAGCAGGAGCAGGAGAAGCAGCAGCAGCAGCAGGAGGAGGAGGAGGAGGUGGAUGGACGAGCGGAACUGGACGUGGUGCAGGAAGCGGAAGCGCCACUGGAACCGCAGAGCCACCACAAACAAGUAAACAGCCACCAAAAUUCCCACCAAGCUUCAAUCCAACUCGCUGGCCUGCGAUUACCAAUGGGCCUUACCAUUAGCCUCGUCUAAACGUGAAAGCGAUGGGGAUGGGUCCAAUUAGUGCCCCAAAAAACACACAAGAUAGUCAAAUUGCAUGCACAAUACGCAAAUUAUGAGCAUUAGCAAAUGUGUCUAAUUUAAUAGUACCUCGAUUACAUUUUAAUUGUUAGUCAAAUACCUUAAUUAAUUAGCGGACAAAAACAAACACACACACAAAACAACAAAAGACCUAAGAAUGUUAAGUUAACGGAUGUGGAAAGCUAUAUUUAAAAUAUACAUAUUAGUUGUAGGCAAAUCCCCUACCCUCUCCCCCCUCCCACGACUUACCCAGAACAAAAGGAGAAACCCCUCGAGCCAAUGUAGUUGAAUUUGUUUCUUUGCUCCAAAAGACAAAAGUAUUUCAAAGUAACAUGCGAAAUAAAAAUAGCACAA